AGUCAUGUAAACAAGCUAGAGGGACUGAAUCGUGGUCGUAAUUGUUCUUUCUCAAAAUCUGCGAUAACAUCUUGACUUGACCAACAAGCUGACCGACAGCUACAUAUGGAAAAAGUGUUUUACCUCGGCUACCUCUACACUUUAAUUGUUUUAGCAAUAGUUGUUAUAGUUACUUCCGAAACUUCCUCGAAUGAUUUGGAACAGCUUCAUCCUUUCUUGUUUUUUAACGGGAAAGAUAUCCUUAGUCUCCACGAACGCACACGAACUACUCACGCUAAAAUAUCGCAAAGGAUUGACUUGGUAACUCAAGAUUUUAAACAGAGGCUUGAAUAUUUUUUACCUCCCAGGGAGUGGAAAGCCUUUUCUAGUGCUUGGAACGAGCACUAUGGCAAUCACCUCACUGCGUUAGCUUUCUAUUGCGUUCUCAAUCCGCAGGAUAUCAAUGCGACAUAGCUUGCUAUUCUGUUUAUGGAGCGGCUUUCCAAUCUUCCCAACUGGCGCGUCGCCGCUUCAUUCCAUGACGAUGUCCCCGUAGCCCACUCUUUAACCGGCAUGGCGACAGCGUACGACUUUCUGUACACGCGUUUAAACGACGCUCAAAGAGCUCGCUUCUUAGGGAAUAUAACGGCAGUUACAAAGGAAUUGUACGAAAGAUCUUUCAAGCUUUGGUGGGGAUCUUCUUAUCUUCAAAAUCACGUAGCCACAAACUAUAUGGCGAUAUUUAAUGGCGCCUUGAUUGUCGCCCGACACAAGUUCUUGGAGGGGGAGAAAUGGCUGUCACGAGCUCAUUUAAUGUUAAGUAGAAACUUAGAGCUGUUUAACUUUAUUGUGGACGGCUCCAUUGACGAAGGAGUCGCGUAUGGCACUUAUACAACACGUUCACUAACGCAGUAUGUGUUCCUUGCGUUACGCCACUUUCGCGUAGACCUCACGCAAUCUCCUUGGCUCAAAGAGCACGCGUUGUUUCUUUACCAUACGGUGCUCCCAGGGUUCAAGGAAACUGUUGGCUAUGGCGACUCUAAUCGGAACUGGUUUUANGGAACAUAG